UUGUGUUAGCUAGAUUAGUAUUCGGUUGUUAGAUUUAAAUAUAUUUGAGAAAAAAAAUAUUUUUUUUAUUGCAGAAAUUUUGUAUGCUACAAGGAUUAAAGCUCACUUUGUUCUAUAUCAAAGGAAUACCUAAAUACAUACAUUUUGAUUAAGGAUUAAAACGAAUAGAGUAAAAGAUUUCAAAUAUACAAAAAUUGAAUAAAGAAGAAAAUUAGCUAUAUAUUAUAUCCAAAAUGUCCAGUUUAGUAGAAUCAUUACAAAUUAGAUAUGCAAAAAUGUCGGAAGGCAUAGAUCCAACAAUAGAUAAUUGGUUAUUAAUGAAAUCACCAACAAAUUUAUUAAUAAUAAUAGCAUUAUAUUUGGUAUUUGUAUUAAGAAUUGGUCCAUCAUUUAUGGCAAAUAGAAAACCAUAUAAUUUACAACCAAUAAUGGUCGGUUAUAAUGCAUAUCAAGUUAUAUUCAAUAUAUGGAUGUUUUUACAAGCUUUCAAUGCUGAACGUUCAUUUGCACAAAUUUUAAGUAAUACAUGUAAAUCAGAAACUGAUAUUGAUAGAGUUGCUCAAGUAACAAUGUGGUCUGGUGCAUGGUGGUAUUUCUUCUCAAAAGUUAUUGAUCUCUUGGACACAGUUUUCUUUGUAUUAAGAAAAAAACAAAAUCAAGUGACAUUUUUACAUGUUUAUCAUCAUACUAUUACAGCAUUAUUUUCAUGGUGUUAUUUAAAAUAUUUACCAGGUGAACAAGGUGUUGUUAUUGGUCUUCUAAACUCAUUCGUACAUAUUAUUAUGUAUUUCUAUUAUAUGUUAGCGGCAAUGGGACCAAAAUAUCAAAAAUAUUUAUGGUGGAAAAAAUAUAUGACUGUUGUACAAUUAAUUCAAUUCUGUUUAAUGUUAACAUAUUUAACAGCUGUAUUUAUUAUGGACUGUAAUUUACCAAGAUCUUUAACAUAUUUCUUUGGUAUCAAUGUUAUCAUUUUCUUGUAUCUAUUCGGAGGAUUCUAUCGUAAUGCAUAUUCAAAGAAAUCAGAAAAAAUAAAGAGUGAUGAACCUUCCAAAAAUAAUUUAUUAGCAAAUGGUGAUCAAUUGAAACAAAUGAUAAAUGAAUGCGAUAAAAAUAAUAACGAAACAACAAAGAAAUUCGUUUAAAAGGAGCAAACAAAAAAAAACGAAAAUUUCUAUGAAAAGUGCAAAAUACCUAAGAAAAAAAAGAACAUAAAUAAAAAAACAAAAAAAAACAAUUAUAAUAAAUUUUUUUUUAUAGCAAACAA